AUGGUCAGUACAAGCAGUGUUACUUCUCUUGCAGCUGUUGUUGGCCUGCUGUAUCCCUGCAUUGACAGCCACCUUGGGGAGCCACACAAAUUCAAGAGAGAGUGGGCCAGCGUCAUGCGAUGCAUAGCAGUUUUCGUUGGCAUUAACCAUGCAAGUGCUAAAUUAGAUUUUGCAAACAACGUCCAGCUGUCCCUGACUCUAGCAGCCUUGUCACUGGGUCUUUGGUGGACAUUUGAUCGUUCAAGAAGUGGUCUCGGACUUGGGAUUACAGUAGCCUUUGUAGCAACUCUGAUAACCCAGUUUCUUGUAUAUAAUGGUGUUUAUCAGUAUACAUCCCCAGAUUUUCUUUACAUCCGUUCUUGGCUUCCAUGUAUAUUUUUCUCAGGAGGUGUGACUGUAGGAAACAUAGGACGACAGCUGGCAAUGGGUAUUCCAGAGAAACCACACAAUGACUAAAUCUGUGAAGAAGACAGCACAGUGCCAGUGCGAAAGCAACAUUACGAAGAUGUGUUCCUGUUUUAAAUUGAAGAUUAUUUAGAAAAAAUAAUCUCUUCAUGGGCUGACUGCACAAAUGACUUGUGGGAAAAAAAAAUUAUUAAUCCACCCUUAGAAUAGCCAAGUGAAAUUAACUGCUUAUCUUGAAAUCUUACCCUGAUUUACCACAUAAGCAUUGCAUAUGGCUGUUCUCUGGAAGAGUUUAACACCAAGUUGCAUACAACUGUUCAGGCUAAGGGCAGUUUUCCAAGUAUUAGAUUCCAGUGUAAGUUAUUGAAGCAGCUGCCGUAUUUUAAAGCCUUGAAACUGAAAUUUAAUUACAAGCUGUUGUAUCAGUGCCCAAAGGAAGUAGAUCGAUGGUGCUUAACAAUGAUGAAGUAUGGUUUAAUAGGAAUAGUAUUUAUCCAAAUCUUUAAAAAAUAGGGUUAUUUAAAAAUAAGAGUGAUCAAAACAGAUUAAAGGCAUUGCACUAAUGCUUUUAGGAGUCUUAUGAAGGAAUCGUGCCCUUAGUUGUAAUGCUGCAUUAAGUUUCUCUCUUUGACGGUGGAGAGGGUUGGAGGGACAAAAGGUUGGAAGUCACUUAGUUUGGAAUUUCUAUAUUACUUCAGUACGAUAGAUGAACACGGGAGACAAUCUUGUUCAAAUGUGAACUCUGCCAAGAAAUUCUGACUGGAAAUUUCGUUACUUCUGAAGCUUGCAGUUAGAUUUGCAAGAAUCGAGUUCUGUCACCAAUUCAGCAAGAAAUUUAAGUGUAUGUGAGUACUCCUGCUUAAUAUUAGGCGUAUGCUUCAGUAUCUUACUGAAGAAGGUCUUAGGUAUUUUAAAUGUCUGGUGUCA